AUGUGGCGUGCUCAGGCUUUGGCAAAUAGGCGGAUGAGGAAUAAUGUUGGGGCCGAUGAGAUCGCGCAGGCGAUACAUCAGAUGGUGGAUAUUAUGCAGCCCAUUGCAGCGCAACCUAGAGACGUGGUAGCACCCACACGCCCUGUGACGAUGGAGGACUUUAUGAGGCAUAAGCCCUCAAAAUUCAUGGGCAAAUCCACUCUGGACGAAGCUGACGCAUGGCUCAAGGAGUGUGAGAAAAUUUGCAGAGUUAUAGAGUGCCCUGAUGCACAAAAGCUGACUUUCAUUACAUUCUUACUGGUGGUGAACGCUGAAUACUGGUGGGCAGGCAUGCAGCAGCUCAUUGUCAGGCACGAGAGAGAGGCAAAAUUCCUCACGUUCCAACAGGGGAACCUGACUAUGCAGUCAUACACAGACAUAUUUGAGUAUCUAGCGAGGUUCUAUUCGCCCACCGUCACCGAGGAGUGGAGAUGUAGAAAAUAUGAGGGCGGGCUGAAACGCGAGCUUCGUCAUUUCAUUGUACCUCUCCGGAUCAGGGAGUUUCCAGUCUUGGUGGAACAAGCCAAGGCUGUUGAGCAGCUAGAGACAGGGCCCAACAGAGUGGCUAGAUCUUAG